ACGAACGUCGACAUUUUGAAGCACUUUCCUCUCGAAAUUAGGAGAUUUGGUGAAACCAAGGGGAAAGGCAUCUUCAGGAUGGCUGAUGCCUCCACUCGGAGUAUCCUGUGCAGAUACUUCCUUUCAAAUACGUGCCGAGAUGGCGACCAGUGCCGAUUUUCCCACGACAGAACGACGGGGAUCGUGGACAAUGUAUGCCGAUACUUUCAAAAAGGCAGCUGCCGCUACGGCGCUCGCUGUCGUUACGACCAUAUACGCAAGCAUUCGAACGGCAACAAGGAGCUGAUAUCCAAAGGAAGACAAUUCAAAAACGACGUCAACCAGAACCCUCAUUCCGCUGGUCCAAUGGACUUACCACAAUACUCCGGAAAAUUCCUUACGACUUCCGACGUGUCCUCAGGCUCCACAUCCUCAGUGCGUACUGAGGGCAAGUCAUUUGUGGACUCAGUUCGUGGCGCGAUUUCGAAGGAAGACGCGGAAACAGCCCGCCUGGCAGGCCUCCCAUUGUGUGAAUAUCAUAUGAUUUCGGGAGUUUGUCCAGAUAAGAGAUGCCGAGCGGUGCAUGGCGAUCUCUGUGAGAUUUGUAGCAAAUACAUCCUCCAUCCACACAACCCUGAGCUGAACACUCAACAUCAGAAGAAUUGUCGGGAAACUCAUGAAAAGUACGCGGAAUUGGCGGCAGCGAUCGCCCGUUCAGCGAAACUACAGUGCGGAGUCUGUAUGGACAUCGUUCUGGACAAAGAACCGGAGCUUUCAAGGAGAUUUGGGAUCCUUGAAAACUGCUCCCACGUCUUUUGCCUCACCUGUAUCCGACGGUGGAGACAAGUGAAAAACGUUGACGUCAAGUCGGCCCGAGGAUGUCCCGAAUGUAGAACCCCAUCGGACUUUGUCACGCCGUCGGCCUAUUUCGUGGAAGGUGGCGACGACAAGCUCGCUCUAAUCACUGGCUACAAGAACGCGUUGUCCUCGAAGGAUUGCAAGUAUUUCAAUCGCGGGAAGGGCACGUGUCCGUUCGCCAACAAAUGUUUCUACAAGCACGCCCUACCGGACGGGACACCGGCGCCGGAUGCGGGACCUCCGACGACCAGGCGUCGUUACGACGCUAAUGGACAUUUCCAAGAAUUCGCACCUGAUAUGCUAGUCAUGCAAAUGUACGACGUCAUGAUGCCGUCGAGAGACGAAAUGGACAGUGAUUUCUCGUUCGAGUAUUCAUUCGACAACUCUUUCGACUUCGAUUAUGAGGAUGAUGACGUCGACGUCACCGAUGAUUACGACGACGACGAUGACAUGUCUCCUGAUUAG